CCUCGGGGCCGGCUGCGCAUCCACUGCGCCUUCCUCCGCAGCCCGCUGGGCCUGCUGCGCCUGGGGCAGCUGCUCCUCGGCGCUGCCUUCUGGGUCACCGUGGCGGCUCACAAGUACGAGGGGGCGGCCCACUUCGCACUCUUCGCCGCCGUCCUCGUCUGGCUCCUCACCCUGGCUCUCUUCGGGCUCAGCCUCCUGGGGCGCUGGGCGCUGGUGCCCUGGCUCGGCUCUCGCUGGCUCCUCACCAACCUAGUGCACGACCUGGUGCUGGGCGUCGGGCUCUACGCAGCCGCCACCGGCAUCAUGGGCUACAAGGCUGGGCGCAAGAGCUACUGCAACCUGCCCGGCUACAGCCAGCGCUGCCUCUACGGCGCCUACCUGAGCGCCUCGGUGUGUGGGGGCAUCACCGCCUCCCUGUACCUCUUCUCCGGGCUCUACUGCCUCUCACGACGCUGCCGGGAUGAGCGCGACAUCAUCUGAGACCCUGCAGUGCUCAGCUGCCCUUCUCCUCACGCGUGGACAAA